UAAAUCCAUCACUUUGCCGCGUGGACGUCGUUGUAAAUCCACCACCUCCGGUAAUAUGGCCACAUCAGGAGGAGGGGGGGCAGCAGCUACAAGUGUUGUAGUUUUGGAUCGUGGCAAUAACACAACAUGUACAAUCAAUUUGCAUGGGGCAACUGUUGUAUCUUGGCGUGUAAAUAAUCAGGAGCAAUUGUUUGUGAGCAAAUUGGCCUCUUUUGAUGGAAAGAAGGCGAUACGUGGCGGUAUACCGUUCGUAUUCCCUCAAUUCGGUCCAUGGUCAUUUGGGGCUCAACACGGUUUUGCUCGUAUUACACGUUGGAAUUUAGAACGGCCUCCUGAAAGACUACAUAAUGGUGACGUAGAGGCAAUUUUUUCAUUGAUGGACAACGAAUUUACAAGAUCUAUGUGGAAUUAUCAAUUUCGUAUCACAUACCGCUUAAUAUUACGCGAAAAGGAACUACAUUUUCACAUUGGCGUGUAUAAUCCCAGCAAAGAACUAACGAUGACAUUUAAUUUACUACUACACACUUAUCUUAAAGUUCCUGAUGUUAGACGUUGCCAAAUAACUGGAUUACAUGGAUGCACAUUUAUGGAUAAGACACGCAAUGAUGCAUUGUAUCAGGAAGGUCGUGAAGUUGUAACCGUCAAUGAGUGGACAGAUCGGAUUUAUCAACAUACACCCCAAGAACAUAUUAUAACGAAUGUUGUAUCGGGACGUAAAAUGCGCAUACAUAAGUAUAAUUUUCCCGAUACAGUCAUUUGGAAUCCUUGGAUUGACAAAGCCCGAGAAAUUGGAGAUUUUGGUGAUGACGAAUUUCCAAAUAUGUUAUGUGUCGAAGCUGGACAUGUUUCUUCACCAGUUAUAUUGUUGCCAGGAACUGCUUUCGAGGCUAGCCAAAUUUUGCAGAUUAUCAUCGAGGGCAAUGUCAGCAGGAAAACCAAGCGGAAUCGCUAGCGUUUAAAGAAUCGGAACACAUUAAGGUGAACCGAUUCUUAAAAAAA